GUGGGUGUGCACGCGCGUCUUCGUUAAGGGAUUAAGGAUUAAUUGCCUUCAAAGAUAGACUUAACUGCUUACAUGAAGUUUGUAAAGUUCUCACUUGGCCCCAGAGAGGAAAACAGCACUGCAUAGUGAGGAGUUAGAGGAAAGUUCUCUCUUGAUUUUUUUUCCCCUUCUUCAGAAGUUUGUGUUUUUGUUGUCUUUUGGUCUGGAGUGUAAUGCCACUUGAGGUUUGUGCCUAAAAGCUUGAAGAUUAAACAGAAUGUUUGAUUUAUUAACGUCAAAAUUAAUAUAAUUUGAUUGAAAAUAGUAUGUUGCCAAAGUACCAAAAAACAAACAAACUUCAAAGAUUAUUGGUUUUUAGAAUUGUAUUCUAUUGAAUGAUGUGGACACGAUGAAGAUGUAUGUGUUCAAGACAAAGUAAACAUCUAUGCUACCUACGGUGAGUUGAUACAGCCGGCAGCUGAAGCAGGAGACCUGAGAAUGACGGAAACCAACCCCCCCAAGUCAGCUAAGAAGCCCCGCUGGACCUCCCUGGAGGUCGGCCUAACUACUAUCGUCUCCUUGCUCUUUAUUGUCAUCGUCGCCCUCAUCAUCCUCUUUGCCACACAGAAGACUGAUGAAAUUUGCACCACAGGUGACUGCACACAAUCAGCGUCUCGCCUCAUUGAGAACAUGGAUGCUAGCGUGGACCCUUGUGACAACUUCUACCAGUACGCCUGUGGAGGCUGGCUGAAAAAGAACAUCAUCCCUGAGACCAGCUCUAGAUACAGCACCUUUGACAUCUUACGAGACGAACUGGAGGUUAUCCUCAAAGGUGUCCUUGAAAAAACAGACGAGGAGGAAGCCGCUGCUCUCACCAAGGCUAAGACCCUUUACAAGUCCUGUACCAAUGAGAGUUUAAUUGAGCUCAGGGGAGGGGCUCCUUUGCUCGACAUGCUGCCUGAUAUGUUUGAGUGGCCCGUAGCUGUGGACAACUGGGAGACCAACUAUGGUAAAACAUGGAGGUUGGAGAAUGUCAUCGCCAAGCUGAAUGAGAAAUAUGGAACUCAACUCUUGGUCAACUUUUUUGUCGGCACCGAUGACAGGGACUCCAAUUCAUACAUCAUUCAUUUUGACCAGCAGACAAACCUCGGCCUCUUAUCUAGAGAUUACUACGCUUGCACUGGACCCUACGCAGAGGCAUGUCGGGCCUACGAGAAGUUCAUGAUUGACCUUGCCAAGCUGAUCCGCACUGACCGGAGAUUGGACAUCAAUGAAACCCGCAUCAGAGAGGAGGUGAAACGAGUUAUGGACCUGGAGAGAGACAUCGCCAACGCUACCGAUACUCCAGAGGACCGUAACAACCCAGUGUUGCUUUACAACAAGAUGGAACUGGGUGAUCUGAACGCCAACUUCACCCUUGAGGUUGAAUCGCAGGUAUUUGACUGGAGUUACUUCACAGCUAAGAUAAUGGAUACAGUCAACAUCAGCGUUCCUGACACAGAGAAGGUCAUAAAUUACUCCCCCAACUAUUACAGAAGACUCAACCUUAUCUUGGCCAGAUACAACAAAAGAGAUCUGCAGAACUACAUGGUGUGGCGUUUUGCUAUGAACAUGGUGGUAGGCCUGAGCAGAUCUUACAGGGACACCAGGAAAGCCUUUCGCAAGGCUCUGUCUGGUACAACGUCAGAGGCAGCAGUGUGGCGACAGUGUGCACUUUACGUCAACAACAACAUGGACAAUGCUGUGGGACGACUGUAUGUGCAGGAGGCCUUCUCUGAAAAAAGCAAAGAACUGAUGGAGGAGAUGAUUAAAGACAUUCGCGAAGUGUUCAUUAGUAACCUUGAUGACCUGACCUGGAUGGAUGCAGAGACCAAGAAAGCAGCUGAGGAGAAGGCCCGAGCUAUUCGGGAACGGAUCGGCUAUUCCGACAACAUCAUGGAUGACAAAUACCUUAACAAUGAGUACAAAGAUCUGGCCUACAGUGCAGAGGAGUACUUUGAAAACAUCCUACAGAACCUGGAGCAUGUGCAGAAGAAACGCCUGCGGAAACUCAGAGUCAAAGUCAACAAAGAGGAGUGGGUAACUGGAGCUGCUGUUGUCAACGCCUUCUACUCAUCCAGCAAAAACCAAAUAGUUUUCCCUGCAGGUAUCCUGCAGCCGCCUUUCUUCAGCAAAGGUCAGGCUAAAUCUCUCAACUAUGGUGGCAUUGGCAUGGUGAUCGGUCACGAGAUCACACAUGGCUUUGAUGACAAUGGUCGUAACUAUGAUAAAGAUGGUGAUCUGAAGGACUGGUGGACACCAGGCUCCACUGAUAGGUUCCUGGACCUGUCGAAGUGCAUCGUCAAUCAGUAUGGCAACUUCUCCUGGGACCUGGCCAAUGGACUUCAUUUAAAUGGUAACAACACCCUCGGGGAGAACAUUGCUGACAACGGAGGGAUACGGCAGGCAUAUCAGGCCUAUAAGAACUAUGUGGAAGAGCAUGGAGAGGAGCCAUCACUGCCGGGCAUUAACCUUUCCCACAAUCAACUCUUCUUCCUAAACUUUGCUCAGGUGUGGUGUGGAACGCACCGACCAGAGCAAGCUGUCAAUUCCAUUAAAGUAGAUGUACACAGUCCAGGGAAAUUCAGGGUACUGGGCUCUCUUCAGAAUUUCCCAGAAUUUGCCAAAGCAUUCAACUGCAAAAAGAACAGCUACAUGGUCCCUGCCGACAUUUGCCGUGUGUGGUGAUCCACAGAACUCUGGGAUAGUGUCGCCCCUGUCCCCCUGCAGUACCUCUCCCCUCUGACUGUUGGAGCACUCGUGGGGGGCUACAGGGAAGUGAAAGCUCCCCUUAGCUCUUUACUGAAUGGACCAAGGCCGGUGGAUUGACACUGCAGUAUGCACUUCCUCCGCGGAAAGCAGCGGACUGUACCCUCACGGACGGAUGGAGCACUGUCUCUCCGACUCUGAUACUGUAGUUCAUUCAAUCAGCCUGAGUAUUCCCCUACUCACUGGACACAAUCACUCCUUCUGUUUAAUUCUUUUCAUCUUGUUUUACUCAUCAUUUGCGAGUCUGCCAAUGUGUGUGUGUGUGUGUGUGUGUGUGUGUGUGUUUCAGUCAAAAUUCUGUACAAGUAGUUGUCAAGAGAGGGGCAGACAGACAAAUGUGCUCAAAUCCACCGACAUGAAUACACCACCCACCCACCCACGCUCAUACACAUGUAACAGGGCUGAACCACUGUUCUGUAUGUGGAACAGAGCUGUAUGGCUCUCAUCAAACCUCAGCUGGUUUCAGCCUUCAUCUACAUGCUGAUACACUCUACAAUGUAUUCAUAAUGUACUCUUUGUUAAUACUUAGAACUAGAUUAAGUAAAUUAUUACAGAAAAUCAGAAUUUAUUUUGCUGAAUAGACCAGUACGUUUUUAUCCAUGCUAGCAUAUUACACAAUACUGUUCUAUAUUUAAUGAUAAUGACUUAACUGCAGUUGACAGGCAGCUGCUGCUCAUUAGCAGUAUUUCAAAUUAACCAAAAUUCAAACUUUGCCUUGAAGACAGCUGGUCAUGAAUCAUUGAGCUGACAAUCGACAGUCACCAGACCCUUUUAUACAUUCACUGAGCCUCCUGUGUGUUUCUGCAUGGAUGUAUGUCUCUAUGUGUUUUCCAGUCUUUUUAAUUCAUUAUGAUCGCUGCCUGCUGUUUGCCAAGCAAAUUGGUAUGCCUUACAUGAUCUUUUUGUGCUGCUGUGUCUGAGUGUGUGAAUGUGUAUUUGCAGGAGGAAAAAAAGGACAAUGUAUCAUUGAAGCAAUAGUUUGACUUUUUCGUUGCUUUUCUUGCCCGACUGUUACAUUAGAAGAUCAAUACCACUCUCAUUUCUUUAGGCUACAGCCAGUAGGCGGUUAGCUUAGCUGAGCAUUAAGACUGGAAACAGCUAGCUUGGCUCUGUCCAAAGGUAAAAAAAACAAUGACAUGGAAAGCUCACUAAUGACCUGGCUACUUCUUGUUUGUUUAACCAGUACAGUACCAGUUGUGGUUUUGUGGGGCGUUAUGUGUCUGACUGUUUCUUGGCUGAGAGCAGUGACUUCCUGGAGUCUUCGCCAGCUACCCGCCACCUGAUGGUGAUGACAGGACUUGAGAACUUGGAGUCUUUACCCUUUCGUUUUUCUAUGGCUUAAAAAAAAAAA